AUGGCCGCGUUUGGGUGUUUGUGGCUGUCGAGUCGGAAAGGAUAAAGAUUCGCGGCACUACGAGGAUUCGGCCGCCCUUCGAGGCCUUCGACUCCGGGUCAUUCGACUCGUGUCGACCCGAGGGAGGCAAAGAUCGAGAGAAGCGUGUUCGCCGAAAGGGCGUGGGCGGAAAGGCACGCGAAAAGGAUGCGAGUGCGUCGCUGAGGGACCUCCGAGGGGCUCGGGGGGACUCUGCGGAGGCAUGUCGGAGAGAAGCCGCUUUAGAGGGAGGGCUUGCCGAUGUGCCAGAGGUGUCGUCGGCGCCGGUAGCAUGACCGGAGGUCCCAACUCGCCGACCUUGUAGGACUUUACCAAACGUGCAAGACCAAAGCUCCUCGAAACGCUGGAGAAAGACGACAGAGCUUCGGAGGAGGGGGAGAUGUCAGCCGGGACCCAGGGCGAGAUUCGGGUUGGUCCGUCGCACCAGGUUUGCCAACUUUCCUCAACCAAAAGAAAACAACAGUCUCCACUUGAUACACUUUUGUCACAUUGAUUCGCCCCACGGUGUAAGAUACUUAGGAGUUGGUUUCUUGCCAGGCCCGAUUGCCUGACUAUCGGCCGGGUAUCCCGGCCGGCGAGCUGCUUCCCGAUCCAGAGUUCUCGAAGGAGCGCGAGGAGCUAAGAUGGGUGCCCGCGAUGGCGCUGGACGGCGACCUCCUAAUGUACCUCAGGGCCGCGAGGUCCAUGGCCGCGUUCGCUGGCAUGUGUGACGGCGGCUCCCCGGACGAUGGUUGCGUCGCUGCCUCCAGGGACGAUACCACCAUCAAUGCCCUCGACAUACUCCACGACUCGGGCUACGAUCCUGGACGAGCUCUCCAGGCCCUGGUCAAGUGCCCCGUGCCCAAAGGCAUCGACAAGAAGUGGUCCGAAGAGGAGACGAAACGCUUCGUCAAGGGCCUUCGACAGUUCGGGAAGAACUUCUCGCGAAUCCGGAAGGAUCUGCUUCCCCAUAAAGAUACGCCAGAGCUGGUCGAGUUCUACUAUCUCUGGAAGAAGACUCCGGGAGCGAACAACAAUCGUCCCCACCGUAGGCGUCGCCAGGGCUCCUUGCGGAGGAUACGCAACACUCGCAACUCACGAGCCGGCACCCCGAAGGAAGAGGUGCCAACUCCCCCUAAGGACACGCCACCGACCGCGGUGAACGCGAAGGAGCCCGCUUCAGAGGCGGAGGCCAUCCCCGUUGGCACCCCCGCGAACAACAAUCCCGGGGGCGAGAUAAGCUCCGUCACGGAGGACGAUAAUUCCGAGGAGGACAGCGACUCCAGGGACACCAACACGAACGGCGUGGCGCACUCCUGCCAGCAUUGCUUCUCGACGAGCUCGAAGGACUUCCAGGUCGCAGGGAAGGACCGGCUGCUGCUCUGCGCAGAAUGCAGGGUGCAUCUAAAGAAGAGCGGGGAACUGCCACCGGCUCCGCCGUAUCUGUUCCGGCCCGUGCCCGCGGAGUCACCGGACAGCCCCGGUAGGAUGCGCACCAGGAACAAGGCGAAGGAGACACCGAGACCAGCCAGACCGAGACGCACCGGCGGCAACGACACGCCGGACCAAGAGAAGCAGGAGAAGCAGCAGCAACAGCCGCAGCAGCAGACCCCUGACAAGUCGAAGAAGAAGCCCUCGGGAAAACAGGAGACCCCGAAGAAGGGACAGAAGCGACCGCAAGUCGAGGAAGUGGAGGAGGAGAAGGAAGCCUCGAAGAGGAAGCGAGGCGACCGACCCGAGAGCCCCUCGGAGUCCUUGACAACGGACAGCAACUCCCUGAUGGACGAGCCCGAGAGGGAGACCGAGGCCGACACCAAUGAGAAUCAGCCCACGCCAGCGGCGGUGCCCAACGAAGAGGUAGCAAGCCCUGCAGCGACCACCCCCGAGGAGCCCUCGGAACCUACUCCGGUUUCGACUCCCAUCCCCGUAGCUAUCCAGAGCCUGCCGAUCUCGGUGCCCGUCAUCCACGCCCUGGAGAAGAAGCCCCUCCUGGAGGAGUUGCCCGAGCCCAAGGAGCAGAUGGAAGAGGUCCCUCUGGCCAUAGGACAGCCCAUCAAACUGGAGCCCAUGCCCAUCGAGGCCAAUAUGUCGCCUUGCAACGAGGACCAGAAGGAGCCGGAGCAACAGCUGAGCCUAGGCGCGCCGCCCGGUCUCAGCGUGGCCGACAUGACGCAGAACAUGCCCAGGAACCUCUCCCAGAGCAUCGGUAACCCUGGGCUGUGCACCUCGAGCUCGACCCAGAGCAUUCAGAGCAUCCAGAGCAUCCAGAGCUCGAUGUCUAGCCAACCGCCGCAGGGACUUCCGCUGAACAUGCAGUACUCCGGGGUGCCUGCCGCCCAAACCAUGCCUCAGAACCUGUCGCAGAGCAUCCAGAUGCCGCCCAGCAUUUCUCAGGGACUUGGCUCCCAGCCUCUGGGGCCUGGACCCGGCAUCGGCCCCGAGAACAUGAGCGGCGGCCCUCAGGGGCCUCCAAAUAUUCCGAUUCCACCGCUGAACCUGAACAUUUCCCAGAGCCUGCCCACGAACAUGUCGCAGAUCCCUCAGAUGGCCGGAUCUCCGCAGCCUCUGGGGCUGACGGUCAUGCCGCCAGAGGGCAGACUGGCCGACCGGAUCGCCGAGGACCGACUUCCACCCGAGAGGAUCCGCGAGAGCAGGAUGCCCGAGAGGAUGCCGGAGAGGAUGGUGGACCGCCCGGAGACCAACGAGCCCGAGAGAAACGAGCCCCCCAACCUCUUCCAGCCCAUACAGCCUCCAGGUUUGGGGCUCCCAUCCUCGGAGAAGCCCUCCAACAUGUACAACCUGGCGUCCACGCCGCCGAUGGAGCCGCAGAACCUGAAGAUCAAGCAGGAGAUCGUCCCCCCGGAGCCGGACCCCCUGCAGAGUCUCAAGGAGGUCAAGGUCCCGGGUUUCCAGGGCGGCUUCCCCGGUCCCAGCCUUGACAACAUCAAGAAGGAUCCUGACGGCGGCAAACCUCCGACCCCGAGCAAACACUCCCACUCCAACAACCAACAGGUCGCGCAAAUGCAGUCGGUCGCGGCAUCCCCGACCCCGUCGCUGCCGCAUCCGCCGACCUCCAUCCCUCAGCCUGUUAUGCAUCCGGCUCAGCAACCGAGUCCACAUAUGGCGCAUCCCUUCCAUCCCCAUCAUCCGCUGAUGCACCAUUCACUGUUUGCAGCGAUGCAUCCGUACCAUCCUCAUGCCUAUCCAGGGUACGCACCCGUGGGGGGUUACCCACCCUUCCCGCCGUAUCCUUAUGGACCCGUGCCCCACGCAAUCCCCCCACCCAGUCCACAACGCAGCCAGGAGAGCACCACAAUGAUGACCGCUCAUCACUCGAGCACGAGUUCCAGCGUUACCACCCGGGAAGAGGGCGAAAAUCUCAUCGCCACCCACCACCACUCGUCCAGCAUGCAUCAGGCGACUACCUUGCACCAUGACAAGCUGCUCACCAUCUCCUCCCACAGCUCCCAUAGUCAUUCCUCGUCCCACAGCUCGCAUAACUCCCAGAGAAAGCCGUCCCUCGUCUCGGCGACUUGUCUCACCUCCACCAGCUCUGUCCAUCAUCAUCAUCGUCCUCCACAGCAGCAACCCCAGCAGGUCCCUCCUGAGCCGAAGCUCGAGCCUGAUCUGGUGGAUCCGGAACCUGAAGAGCCUCCUAGUCCUAGGGGACCCUCUCCGGAACCUAGAAUCGAGGACUCGGAGUGCCACCGGUCGCAGUCCGCUAUUUUCCUACGGCAUUGGAACAGAGGGGAGAACAAUAGCUGCACAAGGACCGAUCUUAUGUUCAAGCCUGUCCCGGAUUCGAAACUCGCCAGGAAGAGGGAGGAACGCUCCAGGAAACAGGCGGAGAGGGAGAGGGAGGAGAGAGAUAGAGCUGCUGCUCAGCAGGCCAGGAAGAUGACCACUCCGGAGAAGCAACCGGAGACUUGCAAACCUCCCAGUAGAGGGCCCUUGGAACCUGUGGUCUCGCCUUAUGAUAGGUUUCAGUCAACAGGUCACCUCAACGACAGAUCGUUUCAUCGGCAACAUGUUUCAUCAACAGAUUAUUUCGUUGACGCAUCAUUUCGACAACGGUAUGCUGCCAGACCUGGUGCCUACGCAGACACUCCUGCCUUGAGGCAGCUCUCGGAGUAUGCCAGACCACAUGCAGCUUUCUCUCCGGCUCGUCAUCCAGCACCACCGGAUCCAAUGUUGCAUUACAUGUAUGGCCCCGGAGCCAGGGAAAGGCUGGAGCUCGAGCACCUGGAACGAGAGAAAAGAGAACGAGAGAUAAGGGAGCUACGUGAGAGAGAACUCAACGACAGGCUCAAAGAAGAGUUACUGAAGGGAACUCCUAGACCGAUGCCUGCACCGGUCGAUCCACACUGGUUGGAGAUACACCGGAGGUACACUGUUGCAGGAUUACCUCCUGGACCCUCCGGUCCACCGCAGACUUUGCACCAGUUCGGACUCUAUGGUGCUCCACCAGGUCCCACUCAACUGGACAGGGAACGACUCGAAAGACUAGGGAUACCGACCGCUGGAGGCGGCGGGCCAGGAGGUGGAGGAGCUGGCCAUCCGGUGUCGGCUCAUCAUCAUGGCCAGCUGGACGAGCGGCUGGCCCUGGCUACUGACCCGAUGGUCCGGCUGCAGAUGGCUGGCAUCUCGCCCGAGUAUCAUGCGCACACGCACGCGCACACCCAUGCGCAUACCCACUUGCACCUACACCCGGGACAGCAGCAAGCCCAGCAACAGGCCCAGCAACAGCAGGAGGCAGCUGCGGCUGCCGCUGGAUUCCCUCUGCCCGCAGCAGCUGGAGCUAAUUAUCCAAGGCCGGGCCUGAUGCCGAGAGAUCCCACGUUGGCGCUGCAUCCUGCCGAGCUCCUGGGCAGACCUUACGCCGACAUGGCCGCCCACCACGAGCAACUGCAGCGUCAUUUGAUGAUGGAGAGGGAUCGGUUCCAGCCACACGCUUCGAUAGUCGCCCAUCAUGAAGAGUAUAUAAGACAACAGCGAGAGCGUGAGCUUAAAGUACGAGCCCUGGAAGAGGCGGCACGAGGAUCACGACCUUAGGUAUAAACUAAAGAUUAUUACUGUUAUUAAUAAUUGGCCCAUGUACGGCCAAAUUGUAGUGCAACGGUCCCGGGUGCAAAGCGAGGGUUUGCACCUCCUGGUGCAUCGGAUACGAGCGAGUGCACCGGAUACAUUGGAUAAGGAAAUUCAGGAAUUCCGAGUGAGAACCGAUAAUUGAGAGUGUUUCGAAUACGUCGGGGAAUAAUUUCAAAUAGAAAAUAGCUCUGAUACAGGAAACUUAACUUGUCCGAGACGCUCGAUCUGAUGUUGCGAUACUUGGAUACUCCUGAAUUUCUAGGUUCAAUGAAGUUAGGAUUCUUGGGCUGACUUUGAGUUCCCUCAUUUAGCAGUGCGAAAGGCGUGAGUGUUGUCGCUUGUCGAGUGUUAUUAAUAUUUACCCUCGUGGUAUGUCGGUAUCACAUGGGGCGAAUUUGAGGUUAGCUUUAUGUUUCCAGUCUUAGCAAUUUGCGGGUGUCCGGAGGCACAAAGAAUUGUCCGGUGUUGGAGACUCGUAGGUCCAUCCGGUGCGUAGCAAAGACCGUCUUUUUACAAUAACUUUAAGGUUCGUUAAGGACACGCCUGGAUUGUUUGAGAUGAUCGUUCGGAAAAGUAAUUUCAGUAAGCAUGACUUAAUCUAUACGUGUAAAUUUUGUAGCACUUUCUAAGAGAUGGUCCAUUCGCUGCGCAGCGUUACAAAUUGUAAACUAGAGGAAGGUUGAAACUAAUCGGACUGGCAGGUUUGAGGUUAGCUUUACGUUUUCUUCUUAACGGUACGUACAGUAAACUGCUAUUGUCGAGUGUAACGGUUUAGUAAGAAUUGUAAAUAUAAUGGUGCAGCAGGUGCCCUUGCCCGACUCUCGAUGAGACGAAGGACCAGGUGUACCUAUAGGUUUGAGGUUAACUUUAUGUUUAGCUCUUUUAACAGUACGUAUUGUAAGGCGUGGAAGUCUCGCCAACGCGUCGAGUGUAACAUUAUUAGUGUAAAUAACAGCAAUGCAAUAUCUGGACGGUGAGCUCGGGUCGUCGCAGUGCUACGGUAUCUAACUGGACCGGAGCUUUGGAAGAUACGUCGGAGGUGCAGAUUAUACGCAGCGGAGUGUCGUUGAGACAGUCUCGAGUCUCGUUUUCCUAAGCCUCAUCGACAGAGCUCUUAAUAGUAAGUUUUUAGUUUUUUUUUUUUUUUCCAAGACUUAACUCUGCGCUGAAUCCAUGAUGACCGGUUGAUCCAUAUCUAGCUGAAUACAUGCGAACAGGUGAUUUCCUUGUAACUUUCCAGACGACUCCCCGAUAUUCCCUGUAAUACUCUCAUAAGAUAGAACGUAUAUUCUUUUACAUGAUAAGCGCUUGUACAGAGGGUAAAUCUGCUGAUAAUUUAUUUCAUAUACAAAUAAAGCUGGAAUGUAUCGAA